AAAAUCGACUCCAGAAACUCAGGUCUGCGAGGGACGGCGCGGUGCGGGCGUGAAGCAUCAAGCCGUCAAGCGGCAAGCGGUCGGCGGCGUUCAGCAGUGUACGCGCGUCCAACAACGCGAGUGGUUGUACGGCAUGCGAGAAGCGGCUGGCAGAAUGGCCGAGCUCGAGUUCGAAGCGCCUCUCGCGCAAAUCGAAGAAGCAGACGAUUGUCUUUCCACUGCUGACUACCCACAAAAAACCAUAAACGGUAACGACAUACGUCUUAACAACAUUAAAAAUGUCAAAAGUGAAAUGGUCAAAAUGAAAACUGACUCCAACAAAAUAAAUGAUAAUGAGGAACCUAAACCGGUGAAGUGCAAACAGGACAAUAUUAUGCAAAACGGUGAAGGAGACAACUUUACGGAGACUUUCUCCGGUUCACUGGAAGAUUUGGUGAACACUUUCGAUGAGAAGAUCACCAAGUGUUUCGGAAACUAUGAAGAGAGCGUAGAGAAGUUGGCUCCAGUGCAAGUUCGCAGCCAGGAGGAGAUCAUGAACGAAUGCCAAAUGUGGUGGACGAUCACGGGUAACUUCGGAAACAUUCUUCCGAUUGACUGGACUAAAUCGUUCUCCAGGAAGAUGCAUAUCCCUACCUUGAAUCUUAAUGACAAAAAGAGUUCAAUGACUCCUGACGACGAGAUCCACAGCUCGGAGGACGAGGCCGUGGCCUCAGAUCUGGACAUGCAUGCUCUCAUCUUGGGAGGGCUCCACCAGGACCACGAGUGCCCAGUAAAGACUGCUGAUGAGGUUAUACAGGAGAUAGAUGACAUGAUGCAAGACACUCCAUCAUCAGAAGGUGACAUCAUCGAGUACAACGAAGCUCUGGAGAAAGGGAAGGAGGUACUCAGCUCGCCGCUCUAUGAAGAUAAGCUGCGCACAUACUCGCUUGCUCAACUGAACGAAAUAUUUAUGGAGUUGGAAGUCCUGAUCCGCGAGUUCUCUGAGACUCUGAUUGCUGAACUCGCUCUGCGUGAUGAGCUGGAAUAUGAAAAGGAGUUGAAGAACACCUUCAUAUCUCUGCUGUUAGCUGUUCAGAAUAAGAGGCGACAGUAUCAUAUUGAGAAGAAGAAGAGGCCGCAGCCACCAAGGUCGCCCAAUCUGAACGGUGGCCAUACUGAGUCUAAGUACUUGACUACGGUGAUACCGUUCCAUCUAGACAACGGACCCCCGGACAACCAGUCGCUCCAAGUGCUCAUUAAGAUUCUGAAGGCGAUCAACGAGGAUAGCCCGACCGUGCCGACGCUAUUAACAGACUACAUCCUAAAGGUCCUAUGUCCAACAUAAAUACCCCACGACUCUAGCCAAUUGAAGUAAUUAUUGAACAACACAUUCAACAUUUCAACAUUAAUUGCACUACAUAUGUAACAGGUUUUAGACCAUAUCAUUGUCUACACGAAUACUUUUGUUCACUUAGAAAUAAAUUUAUCCAAAUAGUUGUAAUUGACUGUAGCGAUAAGGGUGCGGAUUUAUACUCUCUCU